AUCUCUUCAGUGCGUGUUAAAAAUAGUGUUACAUGGGCAGGGGUGCAUGUGUGGGUGUCUGAUUUGACAGAUUUUUUGGUGGCAAGCCAGAUAGCAUUUAGAAUCUUACAGGGUGUUGGGUGUCUGACUUGAGUACUUGACAAAACAAAAAAAAAGAAGGGCCACAGGUAUCUGGAUAACAUUAUAAACUGGUCAUAUACCCUGUUAGCAUCUGACACCUAUUUUCAUUUAAUUUUAUGUUGUUCAAAGCCAUUUAUUUCAAAUGUUCCUUUUGAACACAAGGUUUCAAGUUUUCAUUGUAACUUAACACUGAUGUAGAAUAUACAAAUACACCCAUCCAUUUUUUAAAUAGACAUUAUAGUCUUACAUGGCUUUAACUGAAUCUGGAUGCACCGAUUUUUUUGAUUCUUCAUUAGUUACCAGAUAAAUUAUUUUGACCGAAUUACCUUCAAGUGUUAUUGGUAAUGAAUUUCAAAUUUAUUCUAUUGAAACCAGGGAUUCAUGGUUAUGUAGAAACAUGUAUUAUUUGUAAAGACAGUAUGUUAUUUGGUACAACCAAGAUUCUGGGCCAAGUUUUUUAUGUUUUAUGAGAUGCAGAAGAAGCUUGUGAAACUUUGUGUCUAUGUUUAAAGAAAACCUGUCUUUGUGAUAGAUUAUUUUGGGCUAUGGGGCAGUUUGCGUUUGCUUCGUGCUUUUCUUAUUUUAUUUAUUAAAACUAUAUGUGAAAAUUCAUCUGUGAGGAAAUACAUUACCCUGUUUGGCAAAUAAAAUUAUAAUAUAGCAAACUGUGCACUCCAAUGGCUGGCCCUAAAAUAUUAUUUUUCACUUCUGAACAACUAUAUUUUUACCUUUCGAUAACACUAUUUCAUCUUCUUUUAGAACAUCUAACCUCCAAUGAGUUAUGCCAUUGUCGUAGCUUAGAUGGAGUUCAUUUCAGCAGUUGUGAGUGGAUUGUUAUUGUUAUAAUAGGGUAACAUGAACCUCUAUGAUGUCCACUGAAACACAUGGUGUAAUUGUGUGAAGAAUAACAUCACGCAAGAAACUUGAGGUCCUUUGUGUUGGACACAAAACACGGUUUCGGGGCUAGAUCUUGAUUUCAUUAGCCUUGCCACAACUAAUCGCAGGUUGUGGAUACAUAUAAGGUAGCUUGCUUGGUCCUUAAGAAAGGAUUACAUCAUAUUUUAGAGAUGCUAAAGUAGAUGCUAAAAGAUAAGGUGCUGACACAACAACCACCAACUACUCCAUAUAGGGAUCCUAAGUAGAUAAGCACAAGACUUAUAGCUAUCAAUCCCCCCCCCCCCCUAAGUCUUGUGUGGCGCCUUCUGGGGAAUUUGAACCAUCCCAAUUCAGGCGUGAAGCUUCUGGAACUUGACCUGCCCAAGGCACUUGGUGAGAAGGUCAACGAGCUGGUCCUGAGUGUUGAUGUAGCCGGCCUUGAUGCUCCCCUCUUCCAAGUAGCUCCUGAUAAAGUGGUACUUGCUUGCUGCGCUCAUGGAAGAUGGGUUCCUUUGCCAAGGCCAAGGCGGACUUGCUGCCCACCAUGAGCUCCACUGCUUCUGCAUCUCUUCCUAGGAGAUCGCCUAGUAGCCGAGCCAACUAGAGAGCCUGAGUCGAAGCGGUAGUGGCAGCGAUGUACUUUGCCUCGCAACUAGACAGAGCCAUCACCUGCUGCUUGACCGACUGCCAGCUGAUCAGACACUUGUCGAGGAAGAACAGACGCUGCUAGUACUCUUGGUUGUGUCGAUGUCGCCGGCGAGGUCGCUGCCGUUGUAUCCGACGAAGUGCUCUGCGCCGGGGCACCUCGGGUAGUGCAAGUCGUAGUUGAUGGUGCCCUCGACGUAGCGCAGGAUCCUUUUGAUGGCCUACUCGUGCUCCGUUGUAGGCCACUGCAUGAACCAACUGGUGUAGCCAACGACGAACACCAGGUCCGGCCGCGUGUGAACGAGGUAGCGAAGGCUGCCCACAAUGUGCCGGUACCGUGUGUUGACCUCUUUCGUUGUGCUGUCGCGGCUCAGCUUCAACCUCUCCUCCAUGGGAGUGUGGGCUAGGUUGUAGCCGGUGAGCCCACCCAACUCGACUAUGUGCUUGGCGUAGAUGGCCUGGCGAAGGGAGAUGCCGGAGCUGUCUUGGUGGACCUCGAUCCCCAAGUAGGAGAGAAGGCCUAAGUCGCUCAUCUGGAAGGUCGCCUUCAUCUCCUCAUUGAACGCCUCCACCUCAGCCUGGUGCUGGUGAUCACCAAGUCGUCGACGUAGAUUCCUACUAGGUUGCAGCUGGUGAGCCCGCCCAACUCGACUAUGCGCUUGGUGUAGGCGGCCUGGCGAAGGGAGAUGCCGGAGCUGUGUUGGUGGACCUCAAUCCCCAAGUAGGAGAGAAGUCCUAAGUCGCUCAUCUGGAAGGUCGCCUUCAUCUCCUCCUUGAACGGCUCCCUCCUUGGUGUUGGCGAUCACCAAGUCGUCGACGUAGAUGCCUACCAAUAGGACAUUGGCUCUCUUGCCCGUCAGUAGACAACAACCCUGUGAGGACUCCGCUGGAACCCUAUUUGCUUGAGGGUGGAGUCUAGCUUGGCGUUCCAAGCUCGGGGUGCCUGCCGCAAGCCGUACCGGGCCUUGCGCAAGCGAAGAUCCUUGUUCUCCUUGCCGGGGGUGACGAAUCCCGGCGGUUGGUAGACGUAGACCUUCAGUCAACUUAACUUGUUUGCCUAAAUGGCCCUUUAGACUGUUAAAAGCCGUGUAAACGCUACACAGUGGUACACCAUACACCGUUUCCGUUUAAUCAUCCGUUUAGCUUGUUUUAAUUGGCUGUUUAGCCUGUUCAAUGCACUGUUUAGUCUGAAUAAUGGCUAAACAGCAGGUGACCCACCAUUUACUGUUUAACGUUUAGGAAAACAUUGUUGUUGAGGAAGGCAGACUUGACAUCCAUGUGGUGCACACGCAAUCCCUCCUAGGCCACCAGCCCGAGGAGACGAACGGACUCCAUCUACGCGACAGGCGUGAAGGCGUCAUCAAUGUCAACUCCUGCUGGACGAACCCUCGCGUCACCAAACACGCCUUGUGGUUGAUCACCGCCUUGGCCUCAUUCUUAUUGAGCUUGUAGACCCACUUAAGGGUGAUGGCUUGAUGGCCGGCAGGAAGAUCAGCUAGCUCCCACGAUAGAUUCUGCUCGUAUGCGUCCAUUUUUUGCUGCAUCGCGGCGAGCCAUGCCACGUCUCCCUCUGCCUCAACAAAGGAGCGGGGCUCGCCGUCCUCGUGCGCCAGGUGUAGCUCCGCCUCGAAGUCGUGCAUCAUUAGUCUAGGGAUGGGCUGAUCACCAAGGAUGUUAUCCAUGGUGCGGUAGCGCAGAGGCUCGUCGUCGUGGUACACAUUGAUGCGAUCCUCGUCAUUGGAUAGCGGAGUGGAGAACUCCACCGUGCGUUGCCCAUCACGGACCGAAGCUGCCACCUGCCGGUGCUGAUCCUGGAGGUGUGGGCGCCGAUGCGAGAGUGAGGAGCUGAUGUAGGAGAGUGAGGCACCGCUGGUGUAGAAGAGUGGGGCGUAGUCGAUAGUGGAGGACUCGCUGGUGGUGUAGGCGAUGGAGGACUCGCCGGAGCUGAUGGCAAGCCGGGUGCCGAGGUGGAUGAGCUCGGUGAAGAUGAGCUGCUAGCUCCCCGUCUCCCUUGAAGUAGACAUAGUCGACGACGAAGUCUGAGAGUCGAAGUCGAACCGUCGUCCACCGCCUUGUCCCAAGCCCAGCCUCAUCCUUCAUCGAACACAAUGUCCAGGGAGAUGUGGACGCACUAUGUCGUAGGGUCGAGGAUGCAGUAGGCCUUGAUACCCUCGAUGUAGUCGAUGAAGACCCCUUGGCAUGCUCUGGUCGUUGAGCUUGUCGACGUGGUUGAGCUCCUUGGUGAAGGCGAGACAGCCGAAGACGCAGAGGUGGCUCACCAUCGGCUUGCGCCCAUGCUAGGCCUUGUAUGGCGUCUUGCCAUCAAGGGCCUUGGUGGGCGAGCGGUUGAGGAGAUGGAUGGCAGUCAUCACCGCCUCUGCCCAGUAGAUUGUCGGCAUCCCUCUUUACUUGAGGGCGUGGAUAGUGGCCACCACCGUCUGGUUGCGGCACUCAAUGAUGUCGUGGGUCUCGAAUGCCGGAGUCGAGCUUGGAGAAGAACUUCCACCGCCCGGUCAUGUGGUGGGUGGUGCCGGUGUCGAGGUACCAGCCAUUGGUCUUGUCGUCGCUGGACCCAUUGCCGAGGAAGACGUGGGCCCGUGGCUCGUCGAGGUGGAGGAGUGCGACAGCGGCCGGCGCAGGAGGUAAGUGCAUCUCGAUGCUCCCGUGCAUGAAGAAGAAGAACAAAGCCACCUUGUCACCCUCCUGCGCUUGCGGACGUGUGCCUGACCGCCACGCUUUGCCUGCCGGCAGUCCUUGGCCUAGUGGCCCGCCCUGCUGCAGUUCUUGCUGGUGUUGUCAUGAGUGGCCUUGUGCUCGCCGUUGGUGUCAUUAGGAGUACCACCACCUGCCUUGUCCUGCUUGGACGGCUGCUGCUUGUGGCUGCUUGUUGAACCUGAAGCUGAAGAACCUGAGGCCUCCCCCUUCUUUCGCUCCUGCUAGACACUGCUCCUCAGUGAAGAGAAGCUUGCCACCUAUUUGUGACAGGCUUUGAGAGAGGUAGCUGCUCGUAGUUGUCGACGGCCUUGAGGCGACCUGUCACCUCCUUGAUCGUCAGCUCGGAGAAGUCCAGCAGCGUCUCGAUCGACAGAGCCACCCACGUGUACUUGGGGACGACACAGAGGAACUUCUCGAUAGCUUUCUCCUCGUCGAUGUUGUUGUCGUUGAUGUUUUUGUUUCACCGUACCACGCCAACUGCUGCAUCAAGGUGUUGAGGCGGAGAGCGAAGUCAACGAUGUCCUCGCCCGACUUGAAAGCCAGGUUCUCCCACUCCUGACGGCAUAGUUCUUACGGCGUAAAGGCGAGGCACGGCGAUGGGGGGGCGCCUGGACGCCUAGGCGCCCGCCUUGCCCGCCUAGGCGCCCAUUCUGCAAGGCGAUGGGGGAGCGCCUGGACGCCUAGGCGUCGCCUAGGCGACGCCUUGAGAACUAUGGCUGACGCAGCUUCUGAAGCGUGGACAUGCAGGCACGUCGAGCCCACCAGCGUUUCGUCCGUACGCGCGGUCGGUGCCGUCCAUGUCCGUACGCGCCCCUGCAUCCCGUGGCCACGCAUCGUCGAAGCUGCGCUCGUGCAGUCCGCCCAGAUGAUCCGCAUUGCGUCCGCCUCGAGCGUGGGCUCCGCGUGCGUCUCCGCGGCAGCCUCCGCAGCCUGCCUGGCUGUCUCCGUGGCCCGCUCGCCCGCGAGCUCGGCAACCAUGAGCCGCUCUGCUCAAGCGGCUACCUCCACCUGGUCUGCUGCCUCCCGCUGCUGCCUCUGUGCCGCAUGCAUCCGCCGCCUGCGCUGCUGUGCGCUCAUGCUCCACACGCGCUGCGGCGUGCCGGCGCCGUCCUGCAGAAGUCAAGCUCUCGACCGAGUGGGAGGAGUGAGAAUGGGAGUGGCUGGGCAUGGCGUUUCAUUGGGAUGCAGAAAAACUACAGGAAUCCGAGAUGGUCCCCAUGAACCAUUCAUCGCAGACUCAGUAGAUUUUGUUGUGGGUCAGGUGGAGACAUUGUCAAGAGAUGACCUUUCGUCAAGGUUGAUGUUAAAUGUUGAUGUUGCAUCCAUUGGUUCAUUAAUGUUGCCAGAUUCACUCAUCACUAUAAUGGAUACAAACGACUACUCUGCUGUUCCCCAGCAGUUGAAGGAACAGUUGAAUGAAAGGUACCCUGGUGCAAGGCGUGCUGUACUGAAGACUGGUGGUGAUUUCCCCUUCCUGUCACGUCCAGACGAGGUUAAUCUGUACCUUCAGCUACAUUUGAGGCGAGUUGGUGUAGAACCAAGGUCAGAGCUGGUCCAAGGCUUCACCCGAGAUGGCAGUGCUGGGAGUUCAAAGGAUCAGAGAGAUGGAGGGGACAGUUUUGGUAAUAGUGGUGAGGACAAUGGCCACCAUGGUUCAGGUGGCACUGAUCAUGACAGGCACCAUUGUGGAUCAGAAUCACACAAUUCUGAUGAGCCAAUACCAACAAGCACAAUGCUUGCCAAUACUGUACUAGAACUGGUAAUUUAGGAAAUCAUGGAAGCGUGUUUUGCAGCUAUAUUGGGGCCAUUGUUGCCGGUAGGAAAGGCAAAAGAGCACCUCAAAUGAUGGAAAGGCGCUUCUAUAUGUUUGUAUAAUAUAUGCUUGUCUUCUAUAUUUAGUUAUUUACCAAAUUUACUGUGUAUGUAGCCUGUAAAUUGCAUUCCAUAUGCCCGAGACAUGAUGUGAUUGUGCGGCUUUCUUGAAACAGAAUACCUCAUU